UAGUGACCGUUUAUUGUAUAUUUAGUACUAUGGUAUAUUUUGAAGCUGAAAUUGUCCCGAAAGCACGGUAAAGGUAUGAUGCAAUUCGUGGACCAUGUUCCUCUUCACAAAGGCGAAUCUCAUACGCAUUUUGGUCGGAGCAAUAUGCUUAUUGUUGGUGCUUAACUUUGUGGGCUUCCGAACCGAUGGAGCCAGCGGCACCUCCCUCAGCAAGCUUAGCAUUCGGCGCGUGCACAAAUAUGCGCAUAUCUAUGGGAACGACAGCACCAGCAGCAGCAGUGGAGGAGCCCGGCUGCCUGCCGCUCCGCUUGCUUUGUCCAAGGAGAGGGAGCAGGAAAAGGAGCGGGACCAAGGACUUCACGGUGCACCCAACUCCACCUUACUGACUGUGAUUGCGAUUGCAAACUUUACUUCCAUUCCACAAGACUUAUCGCGUUUCCCGCUGAGCACGCACAAGCCGCUGCCAACGUUGGGACAGAAAUCCACUUCCGCCCUUCUCCUAGCCAACUGCACUGAUCCCGAUCCUCGCGAUGGUGGACCCGUCACUCCCAACACCACCCUAGAAUCUUUGGAUGUAAUUGAGGCCGAGUUGGGACCACUGCUGCGCCCUGGCGGCGCCUUCCAUCCCGACAAUUGCAAUCCGCAACAUCACGUGGCCAUUGUGGUGCCCUUUCGCGAUCGAUAUGCCCAUCUGUCCGUCUUCCUGCGCAACAUUCAUCCGUUCCUUAUGCGCCAACGCAUCGCAUAUCGCAUUUUCAUUGUGGAGCAGACGAACGGAAAGCCCUUUAAUCGGGCCGCCAUGAUGAACAUUGGUUACUUGGAGGCCUUAAAACUGUAUCAAUGGGAUUGCUUUAUAUUCCACGAUGUGGAUUUGUUGCCACUGGACGAUCGCAAUCUGUACAAUUGUCCACGUCAGCCGCGGCACAUGUCCGUAGCGAUAGAUACGCUGAAUUUUCGGUUGCCUUAUCGAUCCAUUUUCGGCGGUGUAUCUGCCAUGACGCGUGAGCACUUUCAGGCGGUAAAUGGGUUCUCAAACUCGUUUUUCGGCUGGGGCGGCGAGGACGAUGAUAUGUCCAAUAGGCUUAAGCAUGCCAAUCUCUUCAUAUCAAGGUAUCCCGUCAAUAUAGCCCGCUACAAGAUGCUGAAGCAUCAAAAGGAGAAGGCCAAUCCCAAGCGCUAUGAGAACCUGCAGAAUGGCAUGAGCAAGAUAGAACAAGACGGCAUCAACUCGAUUAAGUAUGCCAUUUAUAGCAUCAAGGAGUUUCCGACUUUUACUUGGUAUUUAGCUGAGCUAAAAAACUCCGAGCGCAAGAGCUAGCCUGUGCAAUAUAUAUAGACGGAAUGUGCAAUAUGCAGUAUGUACAAAGGACAACAUUACUUUCACGAACAUAGUCUCUUUUUAAAUAGAAGAACAAGAUUAGGGGGGCAGCUCCUCCUACCUUAUAUAUAUAUAGACACACAUAUUGUGUAAAAUGGUAGCAAGUCCAAGUAACUAUACUCGUAGUACAUAUACUUUUUAAUCCAUCAUUUAGCUUCGAUUCGUAUUCAACAGAAAUCCAAUAUAAGAACUCGUCUCUCUGUAGCAAUAAUCGUAACGUUCCACUUCCAAUCCACUUCUCAACAGUGCUCAAUGAUACUUAUUAUAUAUUUAUACAAUUGUGUUUGUUUGUUAUUUUGUUUAUCUUUGUUUUUGGGUUUUAUUUUGUUAACAUUUGUAUUUAAUCAGACUUCUCGAAAAAAAAGACAUACCUAACACCUACACUCCUUCAAGGUGAAAAUGUAGAUAUUACUUUUGUGAUAUGCAAAUUGUUAAUCGAUCAGAACCGAUUUAUACCAAAAUAAAGAACUUUUACUAUACGAAA